CUAGAACAAAGUAGGAAUCAAACUACAGUGUCAGAGUUUAUUCUUGCAGGAUUCACAGAUGAUCCACUGCUUUGCAUUUCCCUUUUUGUGGUGUUUCUAACCAUCUAUAUAAUCACUCUGCUGGGAAACAUUGGGAUGAUUGCACUGAUUCAUCUUGAUAGCCAUCUUCAAACACCCAUGUACUUUUUCCUCAGCAACCUGUCCUUCUCAGACCUCUGUUAUUCCACUGUCAUUGUCCCCAAGACAUUGAUAAAUUUCUUGGCUGAGAAGAAAUCUAUUUCAUUCACUGGCUGUGCCGCCCAAUUUUAUUUCUAUGCAGUGUUUGCCAGUGUAGAGUGUCUCCUACUGGGUGUCAUGGCCUAUGACCGUUAUAUUGCUAUCUGCAGCCCUCUGUUAUAUUCAGUCCUCAUGUCCAAGAAGGUUUGCAUUUGGUUAGUGCUGGCUUCAUAUCUGGUAGGGUGUAUAAAUGGUAUGAUACACACCAACACAGCCUUCCGUCUUCCUUUCUGUAGCUCCAAUAUCAUUGAUCACUUCUUUUGUGAUGUGCCCUUUAUACUGAAGCUUGCCUGCUGUGAUACAAUGCUCAACCACAUUCUGCUUUUCGUGAUCUCUUCGUUGAUAGGUCUCUGUUCUUUACUCAUCAUCCUGGUUUCUUAUGUCUAUAUCUUUAUAACCAUCCGGAAGAUCAGCUUAUCUGAGGGAAGAAAGAAAACCGUUUCCACCUGUGCCUCUCACUUGUUUGCCAUCUCAUUGUUCUAUACCACAAUCCUUUUCAUCUAUCUAAAGCCUAGUUCUAGCUACUCUUCCGGGCAAGACCAAGUUGCUGCUGUCUUCUAUACAGUAGUGAUCCCUAUGGUGAAUCCGCUGAUCUAUAGCCUGAGGAACAAAGAGGUGAAAGAUGCUCUGAAAAGGAUGGUAAAGAGGAAAGGCAGUUCCAUUGGGACAUAA